UUCCUCUAUAUGUAAUUAAUCUUGCAGAAUGCUUUUUGAAAGGAAUAUGCAGGUAGAGAUUAAGAAUGCAUAACAAUUAAAUAGAGAUUGCCUUGAUUAUUGAAUUAAUGCCAGACUAGAUUAUUCUACUGCACAAGAUGUCAACCGUGGCGAAAAGAAGAGAAGUAAACCUUACGGUCAAGGACCUCACAUACUGGGUACCUGAUGGAAAUAAAGGUCAACGGAGUAUCCUGAAGGGCAUCAGUGGGAACUUCAAUGCAGGACAACUUACCGCAAUCCUCGGGCCUUCAGGCUCUGGGAAGACGUCAUUCAUGAACAUCGCUGCAGGCUGCAAGACCCGUAGGGUGUCAGGUACGAUUCUGGUCAACGGACAUACCAGAGAUCCUAUUGAGUUUCGACGUAACUCCUGCUACAUCACGCAAGCCGAUCACCACCUACCCUUCCUCACAGUCAUGGAAGCCAUGAAGGCUGCAGCAUCCCUAAAACUUGGUCCAAGAGCAAAGAAAGAUGGAGGCCAAAUUAUUGACGACAUCUUGGCAAGUUUACGCCUUACGGAUUGUCGCAACACUCGCAUCAACGACCUCUCCGGUGGGGAGACCAAGAGGCUCUCCAUCGCCCUCGAGCUUAUCAACAACCCUCCUGUGAUGUUAUUCGACGAGCCCACAAGCGGGCUGGACAGUCGCAACAGUUUCCAGUGUGUGGAAUUGCUCCACUCUUUGGCACGCGGUGGUCGCACAAUCAUCUGCACUCUGCACCAGCCUUCGGCCCGAAUUUUCCAGAUGUUUGAUCAACUCUACGCUUUGUCAGACGGACAAUGUAUUUACCGCGGCACCAUCCAUGACCUUCUACCUUUUCUUGAUUCGGUGGGACUGCAGUGUCCGCCUUACCACAACCCUGCGGAUUUCUUGGUGGAGGUUGCUGUAGGGGAGUAUGGAGACCUAACCAAAAAACUCGCCGCUGAAAUCAGUUGUCGGGAUAUUUCAGCUUCAAAUGAUAUUAGUCUUGAUGUUGUUCCCGCGGAAGACUUUUCGAACUCUGAGUCGCCAAGAAAGAGCAGUGCCCGUAUCAGAAGCCUAGAAUCAUCACAGUCCACCAAACCAAUUGAACUCCAUCCCUCUUCCAGAGAUUCAAUUUCUAUACAAAUGGACCUUAAGGAAUCUGUCCAGAAAAGUUUCGGGCAUGAUCAAGAACAAACGGAACGUUUCGCUUUAGACACAGUGGACUGCGAAUACCCUCGUUCUGGCCCUGCUACAGCGGGCGCUUCUAGCCUUUCAACAAUGAAACACGGAGUUUGUGUUUAUACUGUAAAGGAAGCGAAGUGUGGAUUACAAAUUUCCCCGACUGACAGUCUACUAGACGACGAUAAUUCUUCAACGGCACGUGGAAAUUUUCCGUCAUCAUCGUGGCUCCAGUUCAGAGUUUUGUUCCAUCGCACCUUUAUCACUAUUAUUCGUGACAUGAUGCUGACGAAGCUUCGCCUGGGAGCUCACGUGGUCGUGGCUCUCCUGAUAGGCCUGCUGUACUACGGCGUGGGGGCCGAAGCCAGCAAAGUCAUGGACAACACUGGCUGCCUCUUCUUUGUCUUGUUGUUCUUCAUUUUCACUUCGAUGAUGCCCACAAUACUUACCUUUCCUCUGGAGAUGAACGUGCUGGUGAGGGAGCAUCUCAACAGAUGGUACUCCCUCAAGUCGUACUACAUGGCGAAAGUUGUGGCAGAUAUGCCAUUUCAGGUGAUCUUCCCGCUGAUGUCGGUGCUGAUCGUAUAUCUGAUGACGGCACAGGUGAUCUUCCCGCUGAUGUCGGUGCUGAUCGUAUAUCUGAUGACGGCACAGCCUCUGGAGCUGUGGCGAAUGGCUCUCUUCUCCUUCAUCUGCAUCCUCACUUCUCUGGUGGCGCAGAGCAUCGGUCUCACCAUUGGUGCUGCUUUUACUGUGCAGGAGGCAGUUUUCUUGGGACCUGCCAGCAUCGUGCCGCUGCUGCUUUUUUCAGGCUUUUUCAUUCAGUUCUCUACAAUCCCAAUCUACAUGAGAUGGAUUACCUAUCUCUCCUUUGUGAGGUACGGUUUUGAGGGAGUUAUUUUGUCGAUCUACGGAUUUGGCCGCGAAAAUCUUGAAUGUUCAGAGGCAUUUUGUUAUCUCAAAGCGCCCUCAAAAAUCCUUGAAACGCUUGACGUAUCAGAAGACAACAUCUACCUGGACAUCGGGAUGCUUUUUGUCUAUUUUUUGGUCGUCAGAGUUGUUGGAUAUUAUGUUCUGCGAUGGAAAGUUCGCAGUAAUCGAUGAUUACGAAAGAUAGACGUCAUUGUCAACUCGAGGAAGUGGUGAUGCUAGCGACCAAUAUAACUUAAAUGUGAUUGAAAAUUGUGGAAUAAUAUUAUGCUUCUAGUCCCGCUAAUACUCAAUGUGGUUCUCCGCUUUCUCUGUCAAGCGCAAUUAUUAAAUUUAAGAUGACGGAUGUGCAUGAGAGAAACUAAUUUGCGCGUCAGGAAUUUUAGGCCAAGGAAUUUCAUGAUGGAAAAUUGAGAUAAUUCUGACUCUGAAACGAUACGAUCAGUAUAAUUUAAUGACGCGGAUGUAACGUAUGACUAGAAAUAUCUAUUAUUUAAUGACUAUAAUUUAAAUUGAUUCGACUUUGGCAUGUGCAUUUUUUAAACUUUGAGCAUGGGAAGAAUAUUCCAUUUUGAACCAAAUUUGAAUACGAGCGGCUUUGAACGUUCAAUUUGCUAUAUUUUUUUUGCGAUUUGUGUAGACGUCAAUACGUACUCGUCGUAUGACGUUUGUGCAAACCGACAUCGUUCGAAUGAUACAUUAUCCAACCAGUUUUGUCUUCAAUGAGCAUUUGGAAGAAGAUUUUCAUCCCGGAUUGCGUGGCAAUUGAUGAAAAUCGAGAAACAAUUUGUUGUCCUCUUGCAUUUAUUGUAUUGUACAAAGUUAUUGUCAAAUAUAUGUUUUCUAAUUUGUUA